AUUUGCUUGGAGUUUUGGGAAGCCUGUUUGAGAUCUGUUUUUUCAGGAGGUGGUCUAUAUCAUCAAUGUAACAUGGUCUGACCUGACUUCCCAGGUCAUCUACCGGAGGUAUAGCAAGUUCUUUGACCUACAGAUGCAGCUUCUGGACAAGUUCCCUAUUGAAGGAGGCCAGAAAGACCCCAAGCAAAGAAUCAUCCCUUUUCUGCCAGGCAAGAUCCUGUUCCGGAGGAGCCAUGUCCGAGACGUAGCUGUGAAGAGGCUGAAGCCCAUCGACGAGUAUUGCAGGGCACUGGUUCGGCUUCCUCCUCACAUUUCACAGUGCGAUGAAGUCUUCAGGUUCUUCGAGGCUCGCCCAGAAGACCUUAACCCUCCAAAAGAGGACUAUGGAUCUUCAAAGAGAAAAUCAGUUUGGAUGUCCAGUUUGUCUGAGACUCCAAAAAAGAGUGUCGCUCCAGGUGCUGAUGCUAACUCUGAACCCAUGAUCCUGGAGCAAUAUGUGGUGGUGUCCAACUAUGAGAAGCAGGAGAACUCUGAGAUCAGUCUCCAGGCUGGAGAGGUUGUGGAUGUCAUAGAGAAAAAUGAAAGCGGUUGGUGGUUUGUGAGCACAGCAGAGGAGCAGGGCUGGGUCCCUGCUACAUACCUGGAAUCCCAAAAUGGAACCAGAGAUGACUCUGACAUCAACACAUCCAAACUUGGGGAAGUUUCUAAACGACGCAAGGCUCACCUGAGACGCCUGGACCGGCGAUGGACGCUAGGCGGGAUAGUCAACAGGCAGCAGAGUCGAGAAGAGAAAUAUGUCACUAUCCAGCCGUACGCCAGCCAAGGGAAGGAUGAGAUUGGGUUCGAAAAAGGGGUCACCGUGGAGGUCAUCCAAAAGAACCUGGAAGGAUGGUGGUACAUAAGGUACCUAGGCAAAGAGGGCUGGGCUCCAGCUUCAUACCUGAAGAAGGCUAAAGAUGAUCUUCCAUCUAGGAAAAAGAACUUAACUGGGCCAGUGGAAAUCAUAGGAAACAUCAUGGAGAUCAGUAACCUGCUGAACAAGAAAUCAUCCACUGACAAGGAAACUCAAGCAGAAAAUGAGACUCCAGAAACACAUAUCACCAAGAAGGAAAUCAGUUUGCCCAUCCUGUGCAAUGACUCUAAUGGCAAUGCCAUGAUGACCCCAGACAAGCAGGCUUCCAAACUGGCCCAGGGAUCCCCAGCCAUAGCAAGGAUAGCACCGCAAAGAGCUCAAAUAAGUUCUCCAAACCUAAGAACAAGGCCACCCCCACGAAGAGAAUCCAGUCUGGGUUUUCAGUUGCCCAAACCACCAGAGCCACCCUCUGUAGAAGUGGAAUACUACACCAUUGCAGAGUUCCAGUCAUGUAUCUCUGAUGGCAUAAGCUUUCGCGGAGGACAAAAAGCAGAGGUUAUAGAAAAGAAUUCUGGUGGAUGGUGGUAUGUGCAGAUUGGAGAGAAGGAAGGAUGGGCUCCAGCAUCCUACAUUGACAAAAGGAAGAAGCCAAAUUUAAACAGAAGAACCAGUACUUUAACCCGCCCAAAAGUUCCUCCCCCAGCACCUCCCAGUAAACCGAAAGACUCUGAAGAAGGAACAACUGCUGGAACAGUUUCUUCAGGAGAUACCCAGGACUCUCCCCACAAACUGAAAUACGAAGAACCUGAGUAUGAUGUGCCUGCCUUUGGUUUUGACUCAGAGUGUGAAGUGAGUGAAAGUCAUCGUGAAGAGGGCACUCCUGAAAAACGACUGUUUCAGCCCCUCAAGCCCUCUCCUGUGUCAUCACUUCAGAAAGCAAAGUUCAAAGUAGGAGAGUCUUCAGAAGAUGUUGCUCAUGAAGAAGAGACCAUUUAUGAGAAUGAGGGAUUCAGGCGUUAUGUGGAAGAUGCUUUGUCCAAUAAGGAAUCUAGUGGAGACUCAGAUUCUCAGAAAAGCUCCUCUCUCUCCUUGAUCCGAAGGAAUUCUCCAUGUUCCAGCUCUCCUAAAUCAUCACUCGUGAAGCUCAAAACGGACAAAAACAUCCAGCCUGAUCUUGGAAAAUGUCACUAUUCCAGGAGCGAGGAGACAAAACCAAGGUCAGCUUCAGAUGUUGGCUUGCGUAGCAUGCCAAGAACAGGCCUGAAGAAAGAGCCUGGGCAGAGUCCUUCCAUUAGAGCAAAGCCAAUCGUUAGGCCCAAACCCUUCCUAAACAAGGCAGACUCUCAGAGCCAAGAAAAGAUGGAUAUCAGCACUUUAAGGCGUCAACUGAGGCCAACUGGGCAACUCAGAGGUGGACUUAAAGGUUCAAGAAGUGAAGAAUCCGAGAGCCCCCCACACACAGCUGCUGAGAACCAAGACGAUCCUGUUAGGAGGAGCUCGGCUGAUCUCAUUACAGCUCCUUCCCGUGGCAUUUUCUGCUCUAGCCAUCCAGUCAAGACUGAGCAAGAAAAUGAUUCCAAAUGUUUCUAUGUGACCACUGACUCAUACCAAAAGGUACAGGAUUCUGAAAUUUGCUUCCCAGCAGGAGUAGAAGUAGAAGUGCUGGAAAAGCAAGCCAGUGGAUGGUGGUACCUGAAAUAUGGAGACAUGGAAGGCUGGGCUCCUUCCCAUUAUUUGGCUCUCCCUGAUAACCAGCGAGAAACCACAUCAGCAGAGACUGAUGCCUCAUUUGCCAGGAACAGGAAAAAUGAAAAGUCAAACAGUUUAGAGAAGAUAGAGAAGAGGGUUCAGGCUUUGAACACCAUCAACCAGAGCAAACGAGCAACACCACCCAUCCCAAGCAAACCUCCUGGUGGUUUUUCAAAACCAUCAGGGCCAGUCAAAAUGAGGAAUGGUGUGAGGCAGCUUGCUGUCCGGCCACAGUCAGUGUUUGUGUCUCCACCACCAAAGGAUAACAACCUGUCAUGCUCCUUGCGCAGAAAUGAGUCUUUAACAACUACAGAUCAUCUUAGGACCGUCCGUCGGAAUUCCUCCUUCAGCAACGCGUGGUCACAGCCUGGUGACGCAAAGGGAAAGCAGCCUGAGCGGUCCGGUACAGAGGGCUCGGAGACCACCUCCAACCUCCCUACCCAGAGGAAUGGGAUUCCUGUGUCCACAGUCAGGCCAAAGCCCAUUGAGAAAUCCCAGUUUAUCCACAACAAUCUCAAGGACAUCUAUGUUUCCAUUGCAGACUAUGAAGGGGAUGAGGAGACUGCCGGGUUUCAGGAAGGUGUCUGUAUGGAGGUCCUUGAAAGGAACCCAAAUGGCUGGUGGUACUGCCAGAUCAUGAAUGGUGUGAAGCCAUUCAAAGGCUGGGUGCCCUCAAAUUACUUGGAGAAAAAGAACUAAUUGCAAUAUCUUUAACCUCCCUAAUUUAUACUGUUCCUGCUGUGUACAUGUGGAAAAAACAAUUGCUACACAAAAAGACGUUUCCCUGUGCUCCAGUUUGUACAAAGGGAGAAAGGAGUCUAUGCUGAGGACAAAUCUGCCAUGUUCUGAAGAGGUUUGUGGGGUUAAAGUGUUAUAAGCAACUAUGAGGAAGAUGCAGCAUAGUCAAAUGCCUUUUUGUGAAGUUGUUAAUAAUCGUGUAUGUGUAACAGGGUAUGAUAUCCCAUCUUUCCCGUUAUUGAUAGGAAACCAAAUGUGUGCCUUUUGUGAGAGAGAAAUACACAUGCAUCUACUGGGGGAGUUUUGUGCCAAACUCUGUUUUACAAUCUUGGCUCCCUUUCUCCUCAUUCUUGUCUGUACGUGGAAUACCCAGGAGUUGGAUGCAUUUCCACAACUUACAGUGAGAAGCAAAUGGAAGUUUCUGAAACACAGAGGGACUCUAAUCCUUUGGAGAUGUUCACUUUUUUUUAAUGUUCUCAACAGUUGGUUGGUCCAGAGUUGGAGCCUUUUCAUUGUGGAGAGAUUUGGUCUUUGACUUCAGCUGUGUUUUGUUGUUACUGCUAAGUCACCGGAAAGGCAACCAGGUGGUGUUGGUUGGGGGCUUUGUUUCCUUUUGUUCUGUCUUGUUCUUUCAGUUGGGAUUUCAGGUGUUCUAUGGGCAGCGAUGCCUACUGGUGCUUGUAAACACAAACCUACAAACCCCAUGCUUAAGUAUGUCGAUGACUUUGUAAGCUCCAUAUUUAGUUCUGUGCCUGACUCCUACCAGGUGAUCCUGGUUGAUUCUCUUCCCAGAGUUGGGUUGCUCAAAACUUGUCAUAAUAUCAAAACGUACAAAAGUCCCUUAAGACACUAAAGACAAAGCUGUCAAAUGUGUUACUUCUGUCUUCAUGAUCUGGUCCAAAUCCAAGCGUGCUGACUGCUGGCAGGGCCCACCAAGGUAUUAGUUAGAAAUAGCCAUAACCUUCUGCAACAUCAGUGUUUACAGUGGCGGGGGGGGGGGGGGGGAGAAGCCAUCAAACUCAGUCUGCACAUCCUUAAUUUGUAUAUUUUUGGGGAAUUAUUUUUCUGUGUUUAGUUUUUGUCUUUUCUGUGCAUUCUGGGUUUACUUUUUUUGGUCUUGUUUUACCAGAAGAGACUUAAAACUGAAGUAGGAGCCAAAUACGUGUUUCUGUUCCCACUUGAAUCCAAAAAGUAUAUUUGUACAGGGAAGUGUGCCUGGGCUUCUCAGGCUUAGAGAUUUAGUGUCAAAUAAAUUAGGUCUACAAUGCAUCUAACCAGGAAGCUGCCUCUCUUAGUUCCAUUUCUGUAUGCCUUUCUUAACUCAUGUUUUGAAAACAUGGCAGACGGUGGGGUAGUGUGGUGGGAAAGGGAAGAGGCAUCCAUUGGAAAAGGCUAGGAAUAUGGAGUUAUUCACGAGGUAGCCGACUCUUGUACUGUAAACAUCAUUGGCUAAAUCCCUACUGUACUUGAGGAAGUCAUGCUUUUUUUAAAAAAAAAAUUGCCUUGUUAGUCACUCAAGAUCACUAUCUAGUUCCUUUAAAUAACAGGCAGCAUUGUAAAUCUGUUUUAAGGGGGAGGGAGCAGACCAUUUCACUACUGGUUUACACAAAAUGAUAGAUGCCCUUUUUUCCACCAGAAUUUCAUACCAAUUUGGCUUGGAAAGUAAAGGUUAUAAAGACUUUAAAAUAGCUGGGAUAAAGGAGCUAAGUUAAAUAACACAACAAUAUCGUGUGUUACUGGGGAUGUUUCUCUGCCAAAAAAAAAUUUACACAAUUUAUGCGUUGUUCUUGUCUUCUUUUUUUUGUGGUUUGGGGUCUUUAUUAAUUUCCAUGGUAAUAUUGAGAGAGUUGCCUAUGGCUAACCUGACUGAUGUCCUUUUGGUAGCUGAAACAACAUUCAGGUGCCACAACUGGCUGCAAACUGCUGUGAUUCGAGCAGCAAUCUGCAUCCAGGUGGGGAGGGAGACUGGUUGGGAUCCCUUUAAAUUGUGGUGGCAGGAGAAGGAGGUGUAUCUGCACAGCAGCUCAUAUCACAGUGUGCAGGGUCCUCUUUGUACCUUAAUGUCUUACCAUAUAAUAUGUAUGCAUAUGUCCAGUUAGCUACAUCUUACUGGAUGUGUUCUGAGGCAUUGUGGCCCUGCCUCUCAUACUUCUCCCCAUUUUUAGUUGUACUAACAUGGUAGCAGCCAUAAAAGACUGCUGGAGCUGUUGUGAGAUUAUAAUAGAAGUAUUAUAUUCUUCUGCUGGACAGUAUUAAAUAGAGCAAUACAUAGAGUUAUCUGCUAGAUUGCAGUACUAAUAGUAGUGACUUAGUGACUCAUAUUAAUGUUAUGAUUUAUUUUAACAAUAAUGAUGCGGAAGUGGUUCAUUAUUUUGAAUUAAUGCACUUUAACAAUAAAAGAAACCAAAAUGGAAGCCAAUGCAGAGAACUAAGUGCAUUAUUUAAAGGUGCAGUAUAUAAUUAUGAUUUUCUUGAAGCACAUAUUUAUUAUGAAUUAACUUAUUAUUUAAAAUAUUCUAAAGUGUUGUUUAAAGACAUUCCCACUAGGUCAUCUCUUUGGGGGGAUGUAAAAGCACAGCUCCCAGAUCUUCUGCAUUGAGCCACUGAAUUCUCUGAGUAUGGUGUGGCAUGACAUGAGCCCCUACCCAGGGAGAGGAAAGCAGCACGCAGACAGGAGAGCCUGGACUACUAUAAAUAUUCACACCUGCAUCCAGCACAUCUGAGUCCAGAGCACCUCUGAACUGCAGGAGUCCUUGCAGGGUUUGGGGUGGCAAAGCUGGUUUUGGCAGAUGGUUGUGGUGCCUGGCUACCAUGUGCCUUGCAUGAGGCUGGUCCCCAGUGGAUGCAGGUUCGCUGUGAGGCUCAGAUUAGUGUGAGGGCUUCAGGCUCUGCUGUGAAACAUGGGCCAGCUCUGUAACAGAUGUCAGUCUGUCCCACAGCUCCCUUCCCACCUUGCUGGUUUGUUUCUCCAGCUCUGGCUUUUGCAGGGAGGAAGCUUGCUAACCUCCAAGCAGUGCAGAAGAUGACCCAGAGUGAGGGUGCCUGCAGUACUGCCAGGGUUUUCUCAAGCAGCAGCUUGGUGUCCCAUGGCUCAGGUGCUCCUUUAUCCUAUCUCAAAGGCUUCGUGGUCCCCUGAGGAGAGGCCAGACCCUGUAUAUGGGCUGCAAAGCCACGCUCAUGGCCUCCCUCCUCCCUGUGCCCCCACCUGCACCAGCAAAAAGGAAAGGGUGCAAAUUACCUACUUGGUGCUAGAAAUGAAUGUGGGCCACCAAAGCUUUGUUUUGGGCUUCCCUUUAUUUGGUGGCUGUUUUGACUGCUUGUGUUUAAAAGGGCACUUUUAAAGCAAUUUCCCUCCAGUGCAGUUUCCUCCCCCCUCCCAUCUUACUGUUGUCACAGCAUCUCUCUCUGAUCUCUUUUUUGAUUCUUUCAACUGAGAGACAUCAGGAAAAUAAUUCGUUUUUCCAUCAGCGAGCAGCUAGUUUUGGUCAGCUCCACUGAUACCUGAAGCAGCAAGCUCUUUCCACUGUUAACUGUGAAACAGAGUGAAAGGCCUUAAGCUAAGUCAGAAAAGCUGACUACAGGGCAGGAAAACCUGGCAGGGUGCCUCAGAGGACAGUGUAGUACUAGAAGUGUUUUAGCUCUUUUCUAAAAUGUUAAUGUUGCCUUAAGCUUUAUUUACUAAAUUUGUCAAAACUGACACUGGAUCAAGAGCAAUAUUUAAGUGUAAUGUACACCUCAGUGAACACUCAAUGCAGAAAUCAAUAGUACUGUUUAAAUUUCUUUCUGGUUUAUUCUUGAACCAGAUUGUUAAGAGGAAGAGUUCUGCAGGGCUUGGGCAAAGCCAUUUGCAGCUGAAGGGGGCCCUCCUCCGGGGGGAGAGGCGGCUGCUGUCACCACGUUGCUCUCACCCGCUGUCCGUGCUUUCCAGAGUCUUGAAUUUGGACCAGCAGAAAAUCCAGACUCCAAUACCAGAGAACAAAAUUGAAGAAUGUGAAAAUUGUGUCUUGCUGUAUACUGCAACUUUAAUAAUAAUGAGCACUUCUGAGUUCGUUAUUGAGGUUUAUAUAAUGCCUGAAAAGUUUCAUUGCUGGUUUCCCUUGUCUCCCCUUUCAAAACACUUUCUCAUAACAGCAAGAGUAAUACGUUUUUGUUAGCAGCCCUUACCUCUGGGAGGCAAUUCCUAUUAACUGAUUUAGCUCUCAUGCCUUGCAGUGGGUGGGUAUAAUCAUAUGCACCAGUCCUUUGCAAGCCAAACUUUUCAAGACAAAAGAUAUGAUGGGCACAUGUCAGGAUAUGUGACUGAUGUGUCAACAGGAUGUUUUUCAAUCGAUGUAUACAAUUAUAGCAAAUACACAAUAAUGAAGGAUUGAAAUUGGAUCACAUUUAAACUCUUAAAAGUGAAUUUCAUGUCUGCACGGGUAUAGCUAAAAAAUGGAUUUGGCUCUUGUGGAUACGCACCCCAAAGACUCCUUCUGUUAUGAUGCUAUAAAGUUUGACGAAGGCAUUAUAUAAUUGUUUUCAUCACUUUCAGAUCUUAAUGAAUCGUAUUUUAUUGUAAUAUAUAUUCAUUGCUUUCCUCAGUUAAAAAGAAAGUUACUGCUUUUAUCUUAUAUGAAAAACAAGGGAAUUUGAUAAAGCAUUCAUUAUUUUCAUAUUACUAGUAUUAACAGAAUAGAACUAGUACUAUUUAAUUUUAGGUCUUCAUAGCUAGCUUGUUAAUACUUAUAUUUCCCUGUGUUGUAUCCUACUAUUUUUUUCUAAUUUUUUUCCCAAAUACUCUGCAUUCUUGAGAAAAAACCAAAUCCAAUAAGUGGAUAAGUGCAAUAUUCAUAGAAUAAACAGGCCCCUCAUCCAGGACUUGGAGUGGAACGUGCAGUGUGAAAUAAUUUGCAAUUCUCUAUUCAUGCACUCUUAGGGGAAGGGGAAACGCAGGGGAGGGGGUGGCUGAAUGAAAACAGGACCCUUAGGUAGGUAGGGACUGAUAGCUGGGGUGGUUUGGGGUGGGAAUGGCUGCUUUUCACAAAAAAACCAUGACCUGUUACUGAAAGUAUAAGGAUUAUGCAGCAUGUUGCCAGGGUUAUGUAUAGAGUGUGCAUUAACAUCCUUACCAAUACAGGACUUCUGAGCUAUGCUUGAAACACUCUGUCAUCCAUGCAUGAUACUGUCUUCUGGUGUGUCUCUGCUGGUUACGUCCUCUGUUAUGCUUCAGAAUCAAUAACUUCAGAAGGGAAAAUAAUUCUGCUGGUGCAGUCCCAAGUUUUGAUACUGUAUCUUUACUUGCAUUUAUGGCAAGAGCUAUGGGAAUAUUUUUACAGGUCCUUAUUUCUUUUCUUUCCUUAUUGUUAACCUAAGAAAAAAGGUCCAUGUUUUAUCUGGGUGAGUUCUCACCUGCAGAAUUUCACAGAUGAUGUGGGUAUUGAUUUCAUAUUUCUUGGCUUGCAAAGGCUGAUCACUCAGGUCCAAAAUAAAGUUGGGCAGAAACUUUGCUCUUCAAAAGAGGUUUUGUCUUAAAUUCUAUUUGAAUGGAACAAGAACUUCCAUCUGUCCAAAAUAAUGUGACUUUCCAGGUAGCAGCAGAAACUACUACCUUUUAAAAAACUGGACUGGUUUGUAAGUUGGAAGAGAAAUGUGAAAGCCAGAGCACUUGAUUCUCUGAGCUCUGGGAAGUAUGUCUCCUGUGGCUCUAGUUCAUGUCCCUGGAGAGGGGAUGUACCUCAUCUUUCUGCUUAAUUUUUGUCCUGCUGUUCUUAAGUUUGUCCAAAAGCCUUAAUAUUACCAGAGACCUUUGCAUUCAAACAGGAAAACUAAAUUCUGCAGCUGUACUGAAAUGGUGUCGAUUACAUAAUUUUGAAAAACCUCUAAUUACAAAUGAAUCUGGUUUUGAGGAGUCAUCUUUAUUCUUUCACGUGCUCUUUUCUAAAAUGGCAAGAAGUCCAUGAGCAUCAGUAGAGUUACACUGACAGAAAACCCGCAGUGGAGCAAAGUGCCUCACGGACGCUCAGCAUGGAUCAUUCUCGGCCGAAGCAAGCACCAUGCACUUGGUUCCCUCGCCUCCAAAGGGUGCACAGGACUGCUGAGCCGCAGUACUGCCAUGCCAUGAUCUACUUCUCUGCAGGUCUUUCAGCUUUUUAAAACCAACUGGAGCUUUGCUGCUAUUUGCUGGUGGCUUCCCAUCACUGGCAGCUUCUUGUCUGGCAACUUCAGAUACUAUUUAGCCACGUAGCAAUGUGCUGCGUGUAAAUGCAGUGUUUGAUAGCUGCCAACAGUACCAAUUCGAUGGUCUGAGAGCAAAUAUAUGUGUAAGUUAUUUUAUUUUCAUUUGCUUUUAGUUGCUUGGUAGAAGCAGGGACCACCAAUGCAGCAAUGCAUGGGGAAUAUGUCUGCACACUUGGAUGGCCUCUGCUAGCUCUGCCCAGUGCUUGUAUUUCUCUUUCUCUCCCUCUGUGCUGCUCAGUAGUCUUGUCUGUUGUGUUUGUCUGUAAUUUUCAAACUAAGUACUGUAUGUAGGGUCAGAUCCAGAAGCCCCCACAGUCAGUUGACUUUGGGUUGGCAUGCUGUUGCUGCUUUUCCUCCUCCCAUCUUGGACCCAACUUGGAGCAAAGCACAGAUGUCUGUAAAAAGUCACCCAUAACUCUAAUUUGGGGUGUCAGUUUUGUGGGGUGUGCAUGCAUUGCCAAGGGUGGAAUGAGGGGAUCUCUUUUCUUGGGUGCCCUCACAUCAGGGCUAGGGCUUCACAGUGAUUCCUGGAGUGAAAGUUGUGCCGCACCGCGUGCGGACCUGACUGGCGUAGGCAGAACAAAUUAGUGUUUCCCAUUUUAUAAUGUCAGGACUGGGCUGGUCCCAUCAACAGUGUUCUUCAUUUGUUCUUGCAUCAAGGUAGCAUUGAUUCUAGUUGGAGAGUGCAAUUUUUUUUUUGUUUUGUGUUUGUUUUUUUUAAUAAAUAAAUUUGGUUUAAAGCUUCACACUGGCGUUUUACAGACCUGUUAUUGUCAGCAUAAGCCACUACUGUCCUGAGUUGAGACUCCUGUUUGUUACUGAAUUAAAAUAAUGGGAAUUACAUUGAUAAUUUGGAAAGCAAUUAAAAGUAACUAUAUUGGCAGGGGAGAGAUGGAUAAAAUACGAGGAAAAACAUGUUUCGAAUAAGGCCAUAAAUUUUUGGGUCUGACACUGCAGGUGCUUUCUCUGUAUAAGUUUUAAUACAUCACUGCUCUGUGUUAGGAUUUUUCAUUAUUGAGAAAAGUUGAGGUUGUGUUGCUCCAUGAUAUACUAUGACAGUCUGCAUCUUGAAGCAAUGAUUCACCAAAGACAAACAUGGGUUAUGUGUUUGUUGCAAUUGAGGCGAUUUGUACGUCUGGGAGUUUGCAUACACUGAGGUUCAGCUGAUGGAGUGGGCAGGAGUGGCUGUUCUAGGUCUGCCCGCAUUGGCCCUCUGUGAAACAGCGCUGUGCUAGUAGCACUUCUAGGAAAAUGUUGGGUUUAGUGAUCUUUCCCUGAUGCUCAGGGUUAUUUGGUUACAAUGGUACCUGUCUUUCUUGGUCCCUGCUUGGUGGAAGAGAAAAACAGAGGAGAGGGAGAAUCACUUGACACUGUAGGAGAAUUUUUAAAAUACAACAUUUAAUAUUAAAUAUUUCAGGCUUCUGCAGUACUCCCCUUCAGAGUUGUUAGUGACUAUUUUGAUGUCUGAAAUUUGAGCAACAUGGCAGCUUUCUCUGGGCAAACAGUUAUUUUGUCGUUUGAGAGCUUGUUCUUGAACUGCUUCUGGGUCACUGGGGAAGCAGUAAUAAAGAAACAAAAUCCCAUCAUAACCCUUGGGGUUUAGACUGGGGGAGGAAGGGGGGGGGCAUCAAAUCCUGUUCAGACUCUGGCUCCCCCUAAGCAUCCAGAUUCAGUUUGUUUCCGUUCCCUGGAAGCAGGACAGAAGAGAAUAGUGCAGCCACUGGAAUUAGCCUGUAACAAUUAAUAAACUGGAACAAAUAAAAAAGGAAUUUUUUAAAAAAACUUUUAAAGAAUGAAAUAUUUCAGUGAAUGGUGGACUUAACUAUUUCCUGUCUUGGAUUUUUGGGGCAGGGGGAGGGUUGUAAUUGUUUCCAGUCUCUAGGAGGAAUUUUUCUGCAGCAUGCUGAAUAGGCUUGCUGAAAAGACUUGCUCAUUACUCACGAUGAGUUCCAACCUGGAGUAUUGUAAAAGAAAAGUGUGUGUAGCAUUACAAUGACUUUUUUGUAUUGAGGGUCCAAACUGAGUAUUGUGGGGUCAAUAGUGUACAGAGUAGGUGCAUUUCUGCUGUCUGGCUAACUUCACAUUACAUCAGUGCUGUUCCUUUAUUGCAGUUUAAUUGCAGACAGCAGUGCUCAUUACUCUGCUUGCAGUGUUUUUGGAGAGGCAAGCAGAUGAGCCUUCUCAGUUAAGACUCCAUAUCAAAUUUCAUGUCAGGAGAAUUCUUGCCAGCAGUUUGAUUGCUGCUUAGGCGAAAAUUCAGAUGCAGAUAACUCAAGGUGGGUGUUGAAAGCAGCUCAGCUGAAUGUGUACAUCUGUAGCUGUUUCCAGAGCUGUUUAUUAGCCCAGAUUGUCUUUGGAAGUGGUGGGUAGGCAGUUAUUGGGAGCAUAAACUUGCUGAAUGAAGGCUGAAAUCUGUUUGAGCAGUUGUGCUCCCCUCCAUUAGCAGAGCAAUUGCACGUGUCUGGACUGGAAACUCCUAUAGGUUCUACUGUCCCAAAUUUGUAUUUG